CUUCCCUCCGACAACACCAACCAAAUAAAACCAAAAACUUCUCCCGCACACCAGAGCUGCCCUUCGUGCUAAACAAUGUGGCUUCUAAUCCCCACCCUCUUCUUCCUCCUCUCCGUCACCAUCACUCCCGCCGCAUCCUGGCGUCCGUGGCCUCAUCUCUUCCCAAACACCUCCAUCUCCUCCCACACCUCGCCGGAACCCUACCCCGACCUAACCGAUUCAAAGAAAUACGAAGGAUCAUCGGAGUUCGUCCAUCUCCGCUACCACAUGGGCCCUGUUCUCACCGCCAACAUAACCGUCCACCCGAUUUGGUACGGCAUUUGGUCUCCCUCGCAGAAACACGUCAUCCGCGCUUUUAUCCGCUCCAUUGCCCCCACCCACCCUUCUUCCGUCCCUCACCCCUCCGUCUCCGCUUGGUGGCGCACCGUCCGCCUCUACACCGAUCAGACUGGAUCGAACAUCACCGCCAUUGUCCGCCUCGGUGCUGAGAAGAACGAUCGGUUCUACUCCCACGGCAAGCAACUCACCCGUCUAUCCGUACAAUCCAUCAUUCGCACCGCUGUUACAGCCCGCACUCGCCCCCUCCCGAUAAACCCUCGCGGAGGAUUAUAUCUCCUUCUCACCUCAUCCGACGUCGGGAUGGAUGAUUUCUGCGGCAAUGUGUGCGGAUUUCACUAUUUUACAUUCCCUUCCGUGGUUGGUUACACGCUGCCGUACGCCUGGGUGGGUAACUCCGGCGGUCGGUGCGCGGAGGUCUGCGCUUACCCCUUCGCCAUCCCGACUUACGUACCUGGUCGGCGAGCCGAGCGCGCGCCGAACGGAGACGUGGGGGUGGAUGGAAUGGUUAGUGUGAUCGGGCAUGAGUUAGCUGAGAUGGCAUCGAAUCCCCUCAUCAACGCGUGGUACGCUGGUGGUGACCUCCCUACAGAGAUCGCUGAUUUAUGUGAGGGAAUCUACGGGACAGGCGGCGGCGGAUCGUACACCGGCCAGCUUCUCGUAGACGGCCGGAGCGGCGGGGCUUAUAACCUCAACGGCGUCGGCGGGACCAAGUUCCUUGUACAGUGGAUUUGGAACCCGUAUCUCAAGUAUUGCAACGGACCCAACGCACUUGAUCUAUGAAAUGGCUGCAUCAAUCUAUCUAUCCAUGGCGGACUCGGAAGAAGGAAACAAGUAAGAAAAAUGGCGAAAUAAAAGAAAUAGAGUCUUUUGAGUUGCUCUUUUGCUUAUUCAGAAUAUUUUGCUUUCUUUCCUCCUGGUUCUUGCUUCCCUUGCAUUGGGGAAGCGGAGGACUAAAGAGGAAAUCAAGCGAGCUAUAAUCUUGAUUCCAUUACCAGCAUUAUUUUUGCUUUUGUACAGUAGCGGGCUGUAGAAGCCCUGUAAUAGCGUCUCUGUGUUGCUGUUGCAGUGAUUCAUCACUUGUUAGUUGCUUUUGUU